AUGUUCUACAACUGUGGCGGAGACUUUUUCAAGCGCGUUACAGUUGAGAAUCAAAACCAGAAUACCAAUCAACUUACAGAUAGUUACACGGCAACUAGUAUCUGCGACAAUGUUUUUGACUAUAUCCAGAAUGGUAUAGCCAGCCAAGGUACCAGUUUCCCUGGUGAAAUCACAAAUCAGCAGACUGGUGAAGCAUACAUAGUCUUGAACUACAUCUCCAAUUACGAGAACGCAGGCGGAAACCGUCAGGACUCAUGUGGCUUGGACGGUGGAGGAACUGGGCAGUGCUCUGCCCUCAAACAAUCGCUGUGGCCUAUAGCUGUGUCCGAUCAGAAGAAUCUGGGCAAACUAGCGACACAGGACUACAAGUUGAUACAGGGAUAUACGGAGAGCAUGUCCUGCGAUGAAUUUCCAUUCGGCGGGAGUAAUCCCAAAACCUGGGGCGGAAGCCCCCGGACAUUCACCUUGAAUCUUGUUCACAACACGGAAGGUCGGCCUCUAGCGGGAGGUGGUGAUUAUUCCUUGACGAACAGUAUGCCAUGGAGCCAAGUCAUUGGUGGUAUCAACCUGCAGGACAAUCCCAACCUUACACUGAACGGGAAAAACGCCGUUUGCGCUAUCGACGGCUUGGGUGAGAAGUGGGACAAUGGUGACAAAAUUUACAAGCACUACUUUGUUGGGUGCUUUGUGAUUUUCAUUUCGUCGGCUGUGCCAUACAAGCGUGAUGCGCCAGUGAAUUGGGAAGUUGAGGAGGUGCGCUUAUCUGACGAUUGGCGAGAGACCAUGAUCGGUGUUGAUGAAGCUGAUCUGGGCGAUUACCUGACUGAUGGAGUUCCAGAUAUAUUGAGACAGGGCCGUACUCUUCCGUCAGAGGUGCACAAGAAAUCAGAUCACCUAAAGCAUCGCAGCCAUGCAAGGCAUCAUGGUCAUUGA